GUUCUCUUCGCCGUAUUCAACUCUGUUCAAGGUUUUGUCAUCAUCACUGUACACUGUGCCAUGCGCCGAGAGGUGCAAGAUGCAGUUCGUUGUCGAAUGGGGGGAUGUAAAGAUGACAGCGAAAACUCCCCUGACUCCUGCAAGAAUGGACAGGUGCAGAUCAUGAAGUGUGCGGGUAUGGGCAUCUGUGGACAUCAGCAUGGCUCUCGUCACAGCACACCCCUGUGCCUGUCGGGUUGUCACCCACUGCCAUCGCCACCAGCGUGCCAACAGACAUGUCAGCAAGCCAGUUGCCACAGUCUACCUCACAGCAACUGCAACUACGUGCUAAACUCCAGCGAAGCACAUGAGCAUACCCCCAUACUGAACAAUACCCACAAUCACGCUCAGAACCAAGUCAGCAGCCGAUCAACGGAUUUUGAGAAGGAUGUGGACUUGGCGUGUCAAACAGAAAGAGGACACCCAUUCAUUUUCAAAGAGGUUAACACCUGCAACCCAGCCACCAUCACUGGAACCCUGUCUCGUAUUUCCCUGGAUGACGAGGACGAUCCCAAGCUUGCAGCCCAUCAGGAAGGGGGAGUAGGGAUCAACUUUAGCUCUCUCCCUGGUAACAUCCCACCUCCAAACCUCAUUGUACAGGUUCCAACUUUAGGAGGCCUCAAUGAGCUCAACGAGUCGCCCCUGAAGAAAGAGGUGAACUUGGAUCAGCAAAGACAGUCGGCUCAGCAACGCAGUACCGCUCCAAUUUACCUGUGUACUGAGAGUGGCCUGGGCUGGGCUCGACCACCCACUUCCUCCAACAACUCCCAGGAUGGCAGUGCAGGAAGUGGAGGAAGUGGAGGGGGAGGAGGAAGUGGCGGAGGUGGAGAGGGAGAUUACAUGGUCUUACCUCGUAGGACAGUCAGUCUUAAACCUCCUGUGCCCUCUUCACAAGGAGGAGGCCUUGGACUGGGUGGCGAGGACAAGCCUCUCAAUAUCGCAGUGGAGGACCCUCCUUUUCCCCCACCUCCCUCUCCUCUGACCCUCCACCCAGCAGAGAGCGAGGCCUAUCCGGUGGACUUUGUGCCAUCCAGCGUGGGCGACAUGAACAUCACUAUGAACCUAAAUCGCUCAUAUGGGACUAUAAAAACCAUGCCCCAUGGACAUGGACACUUGAUGGCUCAGGGGAGUCAUGUGCACUCCCACGGAAUGCACAUGCAUUCUCAUGGGCAUUCACUCCAUCUAAAGCCGGGCCAGAGGCCAUCAGUAAGGCAGAUUCUGACGGGGGGGAGUACAGUAGAGAGAACCCGAACCUUGCCACGCAAUCUGGGGAGCACCAACGCCAACACCAGCCUCUCUGCAGGAUCCCUAGAGAGGAAAAGAGUACGGUACUCUGAGCUGGACUUUGAGAAAGUGAUGCACACUCGCAAAAGACAUUCUGAGUUGUACCAUGAGCUCAACCACUCGUCCAAGUUCCACACCAUAGACAGGUAUAACAGGGACCCCGCCAUGUCCACAUUCAAGGUCCCCCCUCCCCCACCACCAAGGCAAAGCACCGAGUCAUCACUAUCACGCAGACCAUCUCUUGUUUAUAAAGAAAGUCAACGUAAGCCAUACUAAAACCAACAUAAA